UUUUCCUGGACAAGUGUCGAACACAGUCAUCAGAAGACUUGAUCGUACAAGCAGGCUCACGACUCCCUCCUCUUUUUCUCUGUCAUCUGUUGCUGUGGGGCUCUUUGUGUGCUAGGGUGGUACCAGCACGUGGACUUCACUGAGCGAUUCGUUCAGAUUCCUGGGGGCCUCACGCCAGUUCGUUGUUGCUUGUUACCCCGCCCCAGUAACAAAUCAGGGAGGCAAGAACCUAUCAGCUCACAGGAAUGAUCAAGCCGGCCAUUGUCUCCCUGGAUGUGGCGUCCGGAGGAGGUGGGUCGAGCAGCCUCGAUUGCCUUUUCGCCCAGCACGAAAAGAGUGCAAGGCUGGCCAACCUCAGGGCAGCGAUGCUGGGAGUGCCCCUCUCUUUACUCGGGCUGACAGCAAGCGCACUGCUCGUCAAUGCGGCUUGGCGGCAUGCCACGUCAGGCCCUGGAGACGGCAAUGGACUACACCCACUGUGGAACCUGACCACCAGCGUCCUGAAGACGUUCGUUGUGUGGACUGCUGUUUUUCUGCCUACUCUGCUGACGGCCACGCUGCUUCACGUACCCUGCAUAAGCAUGCAGGCGAUAGAACCCCGCAAGCAGUGGCAUGCGUGGGACAUGCAGACGGAAUGCACCGACAACCACAACUUCGUCUCCUUCAUUGCUGUUUUGGGCCUUCUUGCCGCUGGUCCACUGACAUGGCUUGGCCUCAUAAAAAUGUCCCACGCGUUCCCGCCCAAGAUGCUCAGCUUCCUCGUGGGGGGCUACAAGGAAGGCGUCACGUUCUGGGAGGUUAUCGUGCUGACACGGCGCUCCGUCGACACCAUCAUCAUCGUCCUGAUGCCCUUAACGUACGCGGCUUUCUCGCAGACGACGGCAACGGUGGCGCUCAUGGCUACCGCGUUGAUGUUGCACGCGUACAUCCAGCCCUACGAGGACCUGAUGCUGAACAGGUUAGAGCUCGCCAACCUGUUCAGUAACACGAUGGCAGCCAGCCUGACGGCGUACGUGUCUGGCGACAGUUGGAGCCAGACGCCCAGCAUGAAGGCGGCUGCCUUCGCUACCGUAGUCCUCCUGCUCGUGGGCACCUCCAUCGCCAUGGUGGUGCCCCUUGCAGCGAGCCUGCGGCAGCGUUAGGGACCUUAGUGUCGCCAACAAGAGCGCGGUAUCCAACGGCGAAUGGCAUCGAGCGUUGCACGGAUUUCCUCUUUGGUUUGUUCACAUUUGUUGACAUUUGGAACCCCGCAUGUGCAUAUUGUCCCAGAGCUCUGCGGUGCAGCGUUGUGUUUUUGGUUUGUUUGAGACAGUUGCAGUGAUGAGAGGUGC